GUGCAUUUCGUCACAGAACAGCAUUGAAACUCGCACAAAUACAGCGGGUAAGAACAGACGGAAACGAUGGCCGCAAGGCUUCUCUUCUGGCUUUCUCUGUGCGGACUAACAGCCUUAAAUCUUCGAGCAGACUUGUUGGGCAGGCUGAAUAUCACGGCACUAAAAUCGACAGCGUAUGAUGAGCUGUUUGCAGACGGGCAACGCGCGUAUCGAGAUGAAAAGUGGAAUGAAGCCAUCGAACUCUUAGAGAAGGCAAUCGCUGAUUAUAGAAACGAAAAACAAAUGAAGAUUCAUUGUAGAUUGCGAUGUCGCGAGAGAUUCCAGGCAUCAUCGUCUCAUAACACAAUCAGCGACUUGGAGCUAAAUUAUUAUCGUUACACGAUUUAUUCUCAUAAGUGUAGUCAGCAGUGCAGAGAAAAAUAUCUUGGUAAGCGAACCAAGGUCUCAGUCGCGGUUCGGGACAACUUCGAGAAAAGGCUUCCAUAUGGAUAUCUUCAAUUUGCCUACUACAAGGUGAGUGAAUUUGCUUUUAGUCAAACAUUUUACCCUGCCAAUCCAACCUGACGUUUUAUUGAACCUUUGUGCGUUAACUUCACAACAUAAAUUUAUAAAUAAAUGGCUGCACUGUUCUUUGCGAGACACGUGUUUGCAGAAAAAAUUGCCUGGUAAACUGACAGUUUUGCUUAUUUCAGUCACAAUAACACAUUUCUAUUGAGCUUUGUUGUUUGGAAUUUAUGCCAUCUACAAUUUCAGAUGUAUCGCUCAUGAUAAGAUAAUUUCCCUAUCUUUGGCCGUUCGUGACAUCUAAGCUUUGAUAACACAACAGCCGUUUGUUCGCGUCAGUGUCGGGCUUUUGUGUUAUUUGAAAGAAAGUGGUAGACGCAUUGUACUGAGUCAUUCAGGCGAUCGUAUUUCAGCAAAACACUUCUUAAAACUCCCUAGAAUGAAGCUAUUGUAAUGAGAUGGCUGUUAGAUUCGUAUGCUUGUGAAUUCACGCGUAAAAUGUAAACACGCUUAAUAUCGAUCGUGCAUUGACCCUUUAAAUAGUGGGUAAGUGGGGAGGUGGGGGAGCCUUUUAUUGAAUGGCAGGAGAUAUGAUCUGGAUAUUUCCUCUGGGCCUCUUUCCGAUCUUUUUCAUGAGAAACGCUGCAAAUUUAAAGAAGCUGCUAAUUUACAUAUUUAGCAUAUUUGCUACAAAAAAUUGAUUAAAUUUAUCUGUGAGCUCUGAAGAUUGAGAAGGAUAAGUGUUGCAUGGUAGGGAAUUUCUAUUGAUUUUUACAACGUUAUACUACUCAGAAAUUUGAUUCCAAGCUCUCCGAGAGUUACUCACACAGAAUAAAAUAUAUCAAACUAGCAUGUAACUUUUACCAAAAACAACUGUUCAAAUAACAAAAGCAAGAAGGCUUUUUUUCGAUUAUUAGCUUAAUUAACAAUUCCUGUGAUCAAAUAACAACUGUCAAAUAAAUUUGUAACAACAACAAUAACUGCGGAGUAUAGAAUGUCUCAAAAGGUGAAAAUUUACAAAAAAAAGAUACAAAUAUGAUCUGAGGAUAAUAAUUGAGCUUUUGAUUGAUCACAUUUUGCACUCAGGCAUGAGUCAUUAUUGCCAAGGGAACCAGCAGAUUUUGAUUCAAACUUUGGAAAGUUAAAUUUUCAAAUUUCUGCAUCCUUUAUCCUUUAUAACAAUCCUAAUUUAAAACACAGGAAAUAAAAGUUAAAUUUUUUUGAUAGAUUUUAAAUCAAAGAAAAUUUUGAACUACAUCCUGCACAAUGUACACAUGUACAUGUACAGUAUAUCACUGUUAAAAUUGUAUUAUUGUUCCAAAACAACUGUUUCAAAUCCUUCACUCCCUCUUGGUUAAAGAAGUAAAGGGAGAAUCUUCCCUAGGAAGAAACUAUGAUGCGUGACCUAGGGCUUGUACCCACACCAAUUUACCUGAUGUCAAGCAAGCCAAACAAAAUGACCACCAAUUCUUAAUCACUUUUAAGUUCUUACACAUUUGUGUUUCAUCUCACAGGCUGGAAGGACAGUGGAUGCUGCCAGAGCAGCUUAUACAUGCACAGAAACUCAACCACAAGACAAGGCCAUGGCAGACAAUGUAAAGAUUUACAAGCAAAUGCCUGGUGUUGCAGAAGCCGGGAUUUUCUCCUUAGAACCCACACUUCACCAAGAGAGUUAUUUCAAUGCUGCCCGGCUGUAUGAAGAAGAACAGUGGAGUGAUGCCAUCCAGGGAUUUGAACAAGCUCUUGAAGAGUACUACACUGCAUAUGACAACUGCAAAAUAAUGUGUGAAGAGGAACACGAGAAAAACAAGAUUUUAGGCAGAUCUGGCUUGUUUGGGGUUCAUGUUGACAUUUUGGAAUGCCGCAAUCUAUGCCCUGAUAAACUGAGGGAAGUGAAGGGGAUUUUUGUGAAGAAUUAUCUUGCAAGACAUUACAACUAUCUUCAGAUGGCAUAUUUUAAAGGUUAGUGUUGACAAAAUAGUCAAUCUGAGUGUUUCUUGAAUUAACUCCAAGUAAUAUCCUGAUGAAAUUGCUUGAACUAUUUUAUUGUGGUUCUUGCAUCUAAAUGCUUGUUACAAGAAGAAGACAUGUUUCUUUUUCAUGAUGUACAAUUUAGCUAAAUUUUUUUUUCUAAUGUCUUACCUCUAUGUACUCCCAUAAAACGUUUAGAUUUAAAUUUUAGUAAACCUUGUCUUUACAUUUGUACUUACUUAUUUUGUAUUUGUACUUGUAAAUAUAGAAAGAAACUGCACUGUAGCAAUCUGGAGCUCUUGCUUAAAUGCCCAGUCAUUAAUCUAUUUGUCCAAACACUGUGCAUAUUUUUUCUGGAUUCUAAGGCUCCCUGGAUUCAAAGAUUUAGGCGUUAUUUGCCAGUUUUGGUCUGUUUCUUUUGGUACGUUUGUGUGUCUGUUGUUUGAUUAUUAUAAUUAUUUUCUGUUAAAUUUAUCAUUCUUCAAUCCUCAGUGGGAAAGUUAUGGGAUGCUGCUGGAUGUGCUGCAAGUUAUCUGCUGUUGGAUCCAGAUGAUGAUACAAUGAUUGACAAUUUGAGAUACUUCAAACAGGAACUGGGAGAUCAGAGCUUAAAAAUAACAGCAAGAAAGGUAACAAAGUAGCCAUCAAAUGUAUGAACUGGAAUCUUUUUUAUCAGCAAACACACAGUCAAGCAAAUGAAUAAAGAAGGUAGUAUUCUAAAGAAACUGUGAUGCUGCAUCAUUGGAGGAGUUUAACAAGACAAUUUCAAUUGGCUUUCUCAGCUGAUUUGAUGAUUUAAAUGGUCCACUGGGAAGGUUUUUUAUUAAAGCUGACCUUUUAAGCAUUUCACCCUUCAUCAGAGAAUCCAUGUAUUCAAAUUCGCUUCUUGGAUUCGUCCUGGCAAAGCACUAACACUCAAAAUGUCAGCUUUAGAAUCUCUCCACAGUGACCAAUUUAAUUUUAACUCAGUUGAUAAAAACAAAUAAUCUUACAAGCAGAUACAAUGUAGCUUGAAGACAGAUGAGUUUAGAGCAUAUUAUUCUCAAAUGGUCAAGGGUCAUUUGCUUUUAUUCAUGACCUCUUUCUUGGGGAUGCUACCUGUUGUGUUUAUGGUGAAGAAAGCACUAAUUAAAGUUAUUUCGUCAGUUCUUGUUCUCUGCCAGUGUGAGGUGUGGUUUUGUCAGGGUGUAUGGUUGGUCUUAACUCUUAAACUUUCAUGAGUGGUCAAGACAGGAAUUCUCUUGACAAUAUCAAUAAAAUAUCAAGUAGACAAGUGAUGAAAAUUCUGAAAAAUAUAAAUUAAGGGAUUAUUAGUUGAUCCAAUACCAAAUUCUCCAGCCUAACAUUAUAAGAAUUGUAUGGCAUAUGGUAGGGAGAAUUAUCAGUGAGAUCUUGGUAUUGAAAGGGUUGACAAAAACUUCAAAAUACUCAUACUGUUACCAGCAACUCCAGUUUUUCGACAAUAUGGAUUUUCAACUCCAAAUCACUUUCAGGCAGCAAUUCAGUAUUUCAAGGAAGCAUCAAUUGAGCGGAAACUGUUACAGAUGGCAAAGGUGUACAUGGAUGAGGCAGAUUUUGAUGACAGUGACACCUGGUUUCAUGAUGGUCAGGAUGAUGAACCAAAAGAACAAGAAGUGGAACUGGAGGUCAGUGUGACUAUUAGACUCUGUAAGAAGUGAACAACAAUGAAGUCCAAUUACCCUUACAUGUUUGAUUAAGCGCCAACAGGUUUAUGAGCUCAUUAUAAACAAUGUAGAUACACAUGUACCUACAUAUUUUUUGAGUGAUAUACUUAUGUUACAAGUAGAUUCCUUAUGGACUGCCUUACGUAUGGAAGGGACAAAAGUGCCUAAUGGUACAUGUAUCUGUGUUUUUAAAAGACACAAGUGAAUUAAUAAACAAAAAAAUAAAGUCUGCUUUGUCAAUUUAUUCAACCAAUUAAUGAAAUUAAUUUUGAUAAGUCUUAUUAAGGAGGAAAAAGUUUGAACACUAAGACCUGUCACUUAUAUAUCUUCAUAUAUAUAUAAUGCUGAUGUUUCCUGGGGGGGGAGAGAUACAUUUUGUAUGAUUCUCCUUCACACAAGAUCCAACAUAGGCAAACUGCUAUCAGAUGUUUUAGUUUAUUUACUUUUUACAUGUUUCUUACUUCUUUCAGGAUCUGGUAGAAGGUGAGGAAACUUACACUGUUGAGAAGCUCUGGGGUCUGGGACCAAUCAAGAAAGAACCACUAGUGGAGAAGCCAGAUGAUGUUGUAAAUUUUGAAAGAUAUAAGGUAGGGUUUAUGAACUGAUAGAAAAUGUGUGUUUUGAGCAGAGUUUAGCUUUAUAAUUAAGAUCCCAGCAUGAUUAGAUUUCCAUGGUAAAUAAAGGGUAACAGUCCUAAGUGAAGAAUGGGGGGGGGUUGAUUUUGGUUGAUAGCUUGUGCAUUUGCUUUUAGCUACUGCUUUUGUGUGUGAAAGGGCAGCAGCUCCUAAACACAUAUUCAUUUAUGAAAUUCAAGUUUUAAGUCCUGGCUAGCUCACAGAAAAUUUUACAUCUUGUGCUAUUCUCCAAUUGAUGAUGAUCGCAUUUUAUUUGCUGUUCAGGGAUCAAAGAUUCUUAUGACUGAGGCUGACCUCAAUGGCACAUGGAGGGUUGCCGUGGAUGGAAUGGCAACUGAAAAGGAAUGCAAGAUGUUGAUUAAAUUAGCUGAGGUAUGCAGUUUGUUUCUGUUGAAUGUGCACGGGUAAAUAUAAUGUGAUGCUACAAUUCUGCUGUAAGACCCAACACCCAAAUUUUCAUAUGCCUCAUAAUGCAAGACUCUUCUUACUUAAAUUUGCUCUUCCUUUCCAAAAAUGACAAUAUACCCAAAUACUGCACCUUGCACACAACUUAGGAUCAAUGACAUGGACAGCUUUACUGUAGCCUGAGAGGCAGAUAAGUCAUCAGGCCAUGAUUUUGAAGUAAAAGGGGGAAAUCAUUUACACAUGCUUCAUGCAAAGAUACAAACAUACCCCCUAUAGACAUUUUGAUUAAACCAAUGUGGUUGUAAAGGAAUUUGAACAUGAAAAUACACUUUUACUGCCUCCAAUUUACUUCUGGCAACCACACUUUUCAAAGUCUGAAUUAUCCCCCAAAGAGAUAUACUAACUGCUUUAGUGCGUGAUCUGUAAAUCAAUCUACAGCAUGUAAUUAUGUUCUUCUUAACAUGAUAUAUUUACUUACCUUGCUUGUGUUUGUAAUUUAUUUUGCUUUGAAUAGUUCCACACAGAUUUGCUGCCAACUUUUAAGUUUUAAUCGUAAGGCAUAAAGAUAGGCUUAAAUAUUAGAACAAGCUGGCAGCCAUCAUUUGAUAAUAUAAAAGUUAUGUAACACUUGCAUGUAUUAAACAACCUUGUUGGAAAUUUUUCAGUUUAACUUCAAAGAAUGUUUUAUUUUCCUUUUCUGAAUUCAAGUAGAUAUGUGUACUGUGUGUUAGUCAAACUCACCACAACAAGCUUUGUUUAACAAGAAACCAAAACGAAGAAAUGAUAAAAACAAAAAAACAAGAAACCAAAACAAAGAAAUGACAAAAAAGUAAAAACAAGAAGCAAACACAUCUUGAACAAAAACACCAAUUAAAACACUUUUAUUUUGGCCCAUCUGUGUCAAAUAAACCUUGGAGUCGUACUUCAUCAUUUUCCAAACCCCUCUAAUCAUAUAAAAAGAACAGAGUACUUUUGAUGUAUUUGGAAACGAUAUGCAAAUGUUCUUACAAAGAAUGGCAUUUGCAGCCUCUGUUAGUCAUCCUGCACCUAAAGUAAAUAUAUUUCAACUGAUUUUUGCCAGCUUGUUUAUCACAUUUAAAUGAUAAGGUUAAAGACAUGACCCUCUAAAAUGGUAAAAUGUCAUGAAACAAUGAUUACUUGUGGCUGCAUUUAAAAAAUAAAUAAUUUUGAGCAACGUAAAUGUUUACCCUAAAAACAAAAACCUUACUUCAUUUUUAUUUUUAUUUUUUUGUAAUUUCAGAUGUUUUUAUUUGAUUUGGUACAUAACUGAUUGGCUUGAUUUGAUAUGAAUAGAUAAACAUAAUUGUAAAUUUAAAAAAAGAGCUGCACUUAAUUGAAUGUAAACAAAAUGUUUUGAUUGUAAAUAUAUAUAAAACUAGGAUUUAAAUUGUAAACAACAUUAAAUUGUAAUUUCUGGCCAAAAUUUUGAAAUUGUUUUGAAGCAAAAAGAGAUGUAAGGAUAAUGCAUUAAAGAAAGUGUCAAGUGCUAGGUUAAAUCUGAAAUUUUCCAUUCUGUUUGUCGAAAAAAAUAGAAACACACACAAAAACUUGAAUCUUGGAGAUUAUUGAUGACAAAUGUCUUGAUAUGCAGUCACUCAACAAAUUCUUCCGGGAGAUUCUACUCUAAAGAAACCUUUGACUUCCUUUUUUUAGAAUUUUGUUCCGAUUGCAUCACAAGGAUGUUCAGAAAAUAGUUUGACGAGAAUAAAGCCAGUGGUCAAGUAAACCGUUAAACGAAAAUAAGAGCGCGACAUAAUUAUCCACUAGUUUAAACAUGCUUGAUAAAGACUAUAAAUUCAUCCUCUUAAAUUUAAUUGCAGUGUACCUUCCCUAAAUGAUAGAAUUAAAACCAUUUUGAUGUAAAUCAUGAUGAACCUGAGGUUUUCAGCAAAUUGGAUUGACAAAGGAUUCUGUUUUAUCAAAUGAGAGUAUUGAGGAAUUUUUUGGAAGUUGAAGUUUUAACACUUGCAAUUGAUGUCUAGCUUCCCUGUGGUCCAUUAAUUUAUAUCGUGAUUGCAUAUCAAGAAAUUUUUGUCUGGUACCAAUAAAUCUCAAUUCUCGAUCAUCGUUUUUCGCAAAGAAAAAUGGUUCAAGCAUCGUGUUCAUCGAGUUUUCCAGCGAGGGUCAUGUCGUACUAUACAUUUGGGUCUUGAUCUGUUUGGUUUGUUCCAGAAGACAGCCACACUUGGUGAUGGUUAUGAUCAACGGAACAAGGACGACAAGCCAUUCUCUUUCACUGAGAAAGAAACCUUUUCCGGCGUCACGAUACUCUCUGCUUCAAAGGUACAUCAAUUUUUGUGUGUGCAUGAAAAUUUUGUCCUCUUUUGAAUUACUGACAGAGGUGUUGACCAAAAUUUAGUGAUCAGUGCACAGUAAUCUGAAUCGAUAAGUCUUGAUUUGAGACCUGGUCAUUGGGUGAUCGAGGCACUCAGGGAAGGACGCGUUACCCUCCCUGUGCCUUUUCUUCACUCGAAAAUCACAAAACCGUAGGUUGAGCCACGUAUGUUGAUUUUCGAAGUGAAUGGGUACUGGCGGGACACAUUUGAAAAUAAAACGUUCGAAAAUACUGGAUGAAAUGGAGAGGUAUUUCUCUAAUUGAGAAUUACGGCUUACUCAUGAACGUUAAAUGACGUUCAAAUUCCACAGCUAAUUUCCAGUUUCUUUUAACCAAGCGGGAGAAACUUAAGCCAAGCGAGAAUUCUGCGGGGUAAACACUUUCACGUGUCAGCGUUUACUCUUCAAUACAAUUCAAGUUACACCGUGGUCGUUAAAAAUAUGGCCUCUAGAAUCUUGCCUUUCUCUCCUGGCUUACCGCUAUUUUGUUAUUUGAAUCUAUCAGGCAGCUCGUCGAAAGGAAGUACCUCUAGAGGAAGUGGAGCUGUACUUCAACCUGAGCGAUAAAGUUCGGCAGUUUACCGAGGAUUAUUUUCAACUAGACACACCUUUGUAUUUUUCAUAUUCACAUCUUGUCUGCCGCACCUCGCUAAUGGGUGAGUUGAAUUGCUUUCACUUUUAGCCGCAAAUUUGACGAUUUGACGAUUUUACUGAGGCUCUCUACCGGCGGCAGAGUGACGUCAUAUAACACGAUUCGUGUCAGGUUUUCGUAGACGUUCCCUUCCUUCCGUUUCUCCUUCGGCGGAGGGUACGGCUACACGAAGGCAUAUAUGAGCUGAAAUUUAGUCACAUGAAAAUUUAUUGUAACCAAGGCGAUCUCUAUCCAACCUAGACCCCAAUGAUCCCAAUCCAGGCUUCCAUUUGAGCCACCCAAUUCAUUCCGACAACUGUUUACUGAACCUUGAUGGACUGGGCUCUUGUCCCAAGCGGUCGCCAGCUUAUACGUGGAGAGAUUUCAGGUAUGUCAGAAUAUUUCAAGUGACUAUGAUAUGGGAGUUGGGUGACCUUUGAUACCGUUUUUGCUCAGCUUGCGUGGCUUUCGCAUAGAAUGAAGACAGAGGGAAAUAGAACCUCUAGCGUUUAGAAGGCUCUAAGUGUGAUCGCUUUACAUAGCGAGUUUUCUGCCGCCCUAAUUUUUGUUAAUGUGUAAUCAUAUUUAUCAUGUCUCUCCUUGUCCCUCCAAACCCUAAGAGCGACCACCAUCGAAUUUCUGCCCCCAGUAAUACUGCUGAAUCAUUCAUUAAGAUCGUGAGAAUAAGGGAAAUGAUCGCCAACCUAACUGAUUGUUAAACCAACUCUCCUUGUCAGUGCCAAAGGAAAUAAAUGGUGAAAAGUAAGGAGAAUAUGGAUGCUUAUAUUAAGGCGUGAAGGGUCAAGACAGAUGAUUAUCAAGUGGGGAAUGAGAACAGGGUGGAUUGACCAUUUCAUUUUUUUUCGGGCUUUUUAUUCUUAAAUACUUCUUUUUUGGUAGUAUCGAUUAUUUUUAUCUCAAAUAGAAGGCAACACUGUUCACAUUAUGAAUUUUGAAAAGUCCCCCCCCCCUUGUGUAGAAAUCCUGAAGGCUCCACACAUCCGCCAUCUCUUUGCGGCUCCUAUCCCAUUCGAGCCUUAUUUUUCCGGAAUUUACCUUUAAGUGGACUUUUUCGUGCAAUAAGAACAACGCUCACUCACUUCUACGAAAUGGUUAAACUGCUGUUACAAUUCUUAUCAGUGGUAUUCUGUUCCAUUUUUCUUUAAUUUAAUUUCAGUGCUCUGCUGUAUCUGAAUGGCGAUUUCAAAGGAGGGGAGUUUCUGUUUGCUAAUCCUGAUGAUUCUGUUCAGGUAUGACCCUUUCAUGUCUCACAAGUGACAAGCAAGUAACUUUAACCAGUAGACAGGUGAUAGAUGUAUUAGUCAGAGACUGCAAAUGUUUUACUUCCAGGAGGGAGCCUGAUUGAUGACCAGAUCAUGGGAUUUAGUAAACGGUUAAACGGCUCACAAAUCCACAGAUAAUCUAGUUUUGAUUUAAAAUACAGCUACGCCGCUUUAAACAUCACUCUGUGGAAUCAUCAUGCUAAGACGUACUGAACCCGGAUGAUAAUGCUAGUAUGUAUCUGUUUUGAAAUGGAGCACUCCCAUACUUUUGGCAGUUUGAAGCGUGACUGUCAUCCGCCAUAAUUAUUCUCUAGUUCUCAAGACAUUCCAUGUUGCAUAUAAUCAUCCACGCAACCAUUAAGUCACACAACGCGCACAAAGAGGGCUUGUUGCACUUGCGUGACGAGGCGCCGUCGAUUAGGCACCUAUAUAAAUCUUUCUCAGCAAUCCUCGUGUUUCGCAGGCUAAACUUAAACCUGAAUGCGGACGUGCCGUAGCUUUUUCAGCUGGACUGGAGAAUCUUCACGGUGUGGCCGGCAUUCGAGAGGGGCGCAGGUGCGCUCUGGCUCUGUGGUUUACUUUACGAAAAAAACAUGACGAACAACUUCGAAAAGUUGCCUGGGAAACUUUUCAGAUGGCAAAAGAGGAAAAGCGAUUGGAAGAAUUGCCGUUGUUCAAGCCUGAAGUGGCGGCACAUUCUGAACUCUAACCGAAGCUUCCAUUUCGAAAAUUCAAAGUUUAUACUGAGAUCAAGCCCUCCUUUUCAAGCAUGAAGCGUAGACGAUGAGAAUUAGUCAAGCGACGAGUACAAGUCAAGAAAGGAGCAAACGGGGAGAACUGGUCUUCAGCCUAUUUACCAAACUGCUGAACAGAUGACUGUGGGCGGUGGGAAAGGAUUCUGACAUAGUCCUAGACGAGCGUAAAACUAGACUACUUCUUUUGUACUUUAUUAAACUUUGUUUUGUUUCAAGCCAGUUCUAGAGGCAAAGACCUUGAAGUGUCUCUCUUUUUAGGUAACCACUGGAAGUAUGAGUUUCAUUUUUGCGGUUUCUUUUAAGAGAAGUUUCUCCUAUUCCUUGCCCCUAUUGAUCUAAUUUUUGAUCAUUCUGCGACGGAAGAAUUUGAAGUUGUUCUUGUGUGAUAGUGAAAGCAGUUCUCACUUUUUUCUUUCCUUGACAUUGACCGAUUUAUGUCCAAAAAUAGUCUGUCGUACAAAGUAAUUUUAUCCCUCCUGGAUACGUUCGCAUGUGCUGUGGGAAACAGCUGGUAUAACCCGGUUAUCGUGCAGAGUUUAAGAGGUAUGAUUAUACGUCAGACUUACUCUGAAACUCUGAUUGGUGGAGAGCAUACAUUCAAUAUACAGUAACGUGUGAAGUUGUCAUGAUAACGCAAUAUCUGCAGCAGGUAUUUGGUUAUCGUGUCGAGUUCAAAAUCUGCCUAGUUUGUAAGAUCCUCGUCCUAUAAGUGUCCUCAAACUUUUGCAGACUCAAACAUUUGCAGCUAGUUUGAAAAAUGUAUUAAAACAAAAUAAUUUAAUUCGGUUUCACAUGAUAUCAAGAAGGAUCCAACCUCGUGUCUGUGUUAUCUGCGUCAGCUUCUGGCUUCGACAGAUAACUCAGACGUCGGUAUUGAUAACUCGUAAUACCACGCUCAAACUCAACUAAUAAUGGCUUAAUACCCAGAUGUGCUGGUAAACAAGUAUUUUCUCAGAGGUAAACUUGAAAAUGGAUAAAAAUUCUUUAGAGGAUACCAUUCAGUGAAGCCCUCAAUGUAUCUGCGCGGUUUACAGUCAUCUCGCCACCAGGAAGACUCGCCACCAGCGAGCUCGCCACUGCACACCACCACCAAUUGCCACCAAACUUAUUUGAUGUUUAUCAAAGGAAAAGUAAACCAAAGUGACUGUAACUUAUUAAUCGAACGAACGGACGACAAGAUCGACAAGAAAUGUGAUCGAUCGCGUGCAUUUUUUAUCGUAAAACGAGUGUUCUGAAAGCUCCUAAGGAGAUUCUGAUAACUUUUAACUUCAGAAACCAACGAGCAGCAAGUUACAGCUCAGGAAAAUGUGUAUUUAUUUAAUCACACAUUUAAUAGCUAUACUUAAUACAAUUACAAUAUUCGCUACCGGAUGAGUGUUUGGUGGCGAGAUCGAUUACACUUUGGUGGGGAGGUGACUGGGUACCAUAUCCGCUUGCUGGUGACCUCGAUGCAACAAAACGAAUGUUUCCUAAUUCUUGAUGUCAAAGGAAACUGAGAAAGUUUGUUUUGUUUUUGUCUGUAUUUUGAAGGCCACAGGUAGGCUUUGCAUAAAUGCAGAAAUUAAAAUUUCUAUAUUAAUCAAAUUUUUGUUAGAGCAUCUUUCUCAAUUACAAAGAUGUGAUAUGUGUGAUAUUAUUGCCUAGAAUUCAGCUAUUGUGGCAAAUUUGAGGAAGCAAAAUUUAAAUUUACGAAGAGAUAUUACAUUGUAUUAUAUUUGAUAAGCAAAGUAACCAAGAAAAUUGAGGAAUCCUGUUAAAAGCGGAGUGUAACGUUACAUUUUACCGUGAAUGAAGAGCAAAAUUAUACGUUAGUAAAAAUGUGUCUUCAGCUUUAGUUUACUGUCAAAGCUUUAGCCUUUCCUAUUCGCUCUGACGAAGGGAUGACGCAUGGAGUGUCAGUUUUAGAAACUUGCUACGGUGGCUAAUUUACAUUGCCAACUCAGUUAAUAAAACGAAAGUACCUUGUAACACCCUCCGCCGACGUAGCACCACAGUUUCUCAAGAAAUUUACCCCAUGUUUUCAUUUGUAGUUUAAUAAGUCACCUUUCAUGUGUAACAAAUAAUUACGGUUACAUCGCAUCAUGGUUAGAUCGCUCCAUCAAAUAAGUUACUUCGCUCCCAACAUAAGUUACCUACUGUUGGCUGCGCAUUCAAUGUUAUUUCGCUCGACACGUAAAAAGAAGAAACUCAAAAUAGCCUAAAAUGCGGCACCGGUAAAGCUGAUUUCACCUCCAUGAUCGAAGACCUUGGCCUAUAUGAGGCUAACUCCGACAAACCCUUCUUUAUACAUGUCAUGGUUUUGAACUUUUAAGAGGCUGUCUCUCUUAUUUCCACCAGGUCAGUUUUGUGUCAAAAAUAAUUUUGCCUGAAUCUCUGUUAACAGAAAGACUUUACCUAGGAAAGAACUAAAUUAGAUUUGGUUUGAUUCGAAAUAAUUUUCUGACUGCAUUACGGGCCAUAAUUAUUUCCCAGUCCGUAGGGACCGUCGCAACGUCUCGAAAAUUGAAAAAUAGGCAUAUUUUGUAACGUUGUAAAAUAUUUGAUUCGCAUAGUUAAGCCACAGAAUUUAUAUCAGAUUGCUUAAAAACCUUUCUAGUUUGCCAAGAAAGUUAGAAUUUGCCCUCUCAACAUAGUUGAAAAAGCGAAUUUUAGCAUAUUCUGACCACUAGAAAUCGCCAUCGGCCGAUGGCCGUAAAUAACCUUGAUUUAGACGCUAAGUUUUGGGAUUUGGGACCUGCUUGACGAUUCUAUCCUACACAGCCGUUAAGUUUAGACCUUUAUAGGCAAAAAUAUGCAAAAACCCCUGUACGUUUUCGAUUUUUCAAAAGUUAUGACCGUUUGAAUCAGCACAUGUACGAGCAUUCGCGAUUUUUUCGCCUACACUAAAAUCGAACCACUGGAGCAGAUUUCGUCAUAAAUACAGCUUACCCGCUUUGCAGCCCGGCUUCAUGGCUCACUUCAGAAUUUUUCUAAUAACCAAAUUGGUGAAAUCCAUGAUAACUUCAACAAAUAGCUAGGUAUUGCCUUCGAAAAGUAGGCGGCAUCCAUCGUGAUUCGUGGUGUCAAAACAAAUGUCGGAAUUGGCCACAUUUCGCGGUGAAUCACCCAUUUAACAUCGCUGCAGAGCUGAAUUUUUUUCCAAAAUCAGAAUAUAAACUCUCCAUGUCCGGAAGCUGAGGGAGAAAUGAAGAUUUUAGGCUUCUGAAGUGAAGAAAUAAUCGCUUAAAUUUAGAUCCAGUUCGAUGUUAUACUGUUCUCACAAAGGUCCGCACAAAAGAGAAGACCGCUGAUAGCUUGUGCCGUACGUUGUGCCACAUGGUUUUGUUUUGUAUCCCAAUGUAAUAUUUGGGCAGAAAAAUUUUGGAUGAAAAGAAUAAAUGCUUUUACCUGGAGUUUGAUAUCAUAUUAUUAAAAAAUCAAUUUCAAAUAUCCUGAGCUUGCUUCUCUCGGUUCCGCGUCGAUUGUGUCCACAGAACAGCAACCUGUCAAUAGCCGGAGAAAUCAUGGGUUUAUGUGAAAUUUCAGAUAUUCCUCGCUUCCCAAACUGGUGAACUGGACUUUAUGAUACAUAUCAAACUCUUUCCCCAGUGCGACGAACAUUUGUUUUUCUCGGUUCAAAGAGGGAAAUUAAAAAACACAAAGCGAUUUUGCAAUGAAUUCUCAACAUACACCCUCGUUAGAAAGGCGAAUCCACGGAAGAAAGAUACAAAACUGUGUGAUAUUGAGAUCGAUAUGAUAUUAAAUCGAUACCGAGGGCCCGUUUAAUUGCCUUCUGCCACGAUUAUCAGCUUUCUUUACAGCUUUCUGAAGGCAGGAUACUUUCUUUCUCAAGACUUCUGAUAUGCGGCUAUUGAUUAUUACACCUCGUAGACCUGAUUGCUCAAACACUUUGUUCACGAUUGUUGAAAGGACCGACUCAUGGUUCUCCGUUUUCGUCUUGACAUUACUUUGAAAUAGUAUAGACUAGUAAGCUGAAACGAAAAAUUAAUCAGGGAAGUUUACGAAAAAUCCAGCAAACAAGCUUUAAAAAGGCAUUUAUUUAGACUUCAUACUUCAACGAACUUCACAAAUCUUACUUGUUUAUCUUGUAAGUAAACGAUGGCAGAUUAAUUUCCAAAGCGCUUUCUGAGUUUCCCGAUCUCUCUCCUACUGCUUUCACGCUUACAAAACAGGAAAAAUCAAAAGGAGGAAGAUACAGCUGUUUUGAAACGCCAUUUGACGAAGGUAAAUCUGCUUUUUGUUCGACACUUUAGAUAUCAAAACAAAGGAAAUUUGUUCCUCUUUUUGAUUCUGGCGGUACAUUUUUAAUUUGCGCCUGCGUAAAAGAGAUAUCGCCCGAGACCCUUCGCUCGGUCGUGUUUUGAUCAAAAACGCCUUGUUAAUUUCACGCAACCGCUCGGAGAAAAGGUAAAAAUGACGAGGGAAAAACUUUACCUUCAAGUUAGAAAAUUAGCGAAAUAGAAAGCCACAAUAUUAUAGUUUAAUAUUUCAAAGGUACAUUGAGUGCUUUUUCCGUAGAGAAUCUGCACGAUAGUAAAACAUUCGAAAAUUACACUCGAUUUGAGUGGGGUGUUGAAGUGGGUGUGGUCACUACAUUCAUGUUAAGACUAUUUGUACCCCAUGAGUUUGAUAUGCUCCAGCAAAUACCUUCAAAAUUCAGCGGUCGGCAUCUGUCGAUACUCUUCUUUGACUCGUUGUUGCGAACUAAACUCGAAAACUAAAGCCAUGUUUCGCGCUUAAUGUCCCGUUGAAACUUUGGAUUGCAGCUGCAUUCUCCUCAAGAAUCAGUCAUAGAACUCCACUUGUAAGUCUAUGUGUCGAAAUUUAGCGUUUUGGAAUUUAAAGCUGAACGAUUGCACUAUCGCGCAUAACAGAGGUCCGCAUUAAUCAUUGCGGGUCAACCCGCUGACCCUUUAUUUUUUUUGGAAGGCCUGCAGGUGUAGUAUGGCAUGCAAGUGCUUUUUCGAAACCAGAGAGGCUUCAGUCUGUAGCAAGUCUUCAGCGAGGUUGUUAAAGCUUUCAUUGGACAGAGGAUACGCAUUGACGAAACACCCAGCGAAGGGAACAACAGCUGCAAUAAGAAUAGUAGACGAAUCAAAGAACACUCUCUGUAUAAAUAAGAUUGAGCAUUUUAGUAGCUUCCACAACUUCGAAUAUGGAGAUAUCGGUCUGAGAGUUUGGAAAUGUUAUGGCAUCGGUAAAGGGAAGUACAUUCCAUGCCCAUAUGACAUAAUUUAUAUCAAGCACCAAGGUCAAACGUCCCUUCAAACCAUAGAAUCUCAAGGGCUUUUAUGAUCCUCCUGAAAAGCGUGUGGUCAAGCGUCGUUCAAAGGGCAGCAGGGAAACAGAGAGUACAACGCCAUUGUUUGAAUGCUCUGUGUUUGGAUGUGUUGAAGUGUUCGAAACCUUUUCGCAGCUGGAGCUGCACCUGGACGUUGGAAAGCAUACAGUCAGCAGGUUAAAGCCAGUAUGAUGCAAUCAAAAGGGACUGAGCCCUUAAGUUCUCGUCGAUAGAUACUAGUACACCACUCACUUCUCCCGUGGAUACUUCGCCCCACUCGUCUUUACGAACAGGAUGGGCCGUAAGCAAACCAAGGGGCAGCGUUAGAUUUUCAGAGAAGGUAAAAGAAUACCUAACGGUACGGUUUACACUUGGAGAAAGAACUGGGCGAAAGGCCGACCCCGCCCAAGUUGCAGUGGACAUGCGAAAUGCGAAAAAUGAAUCAAAUGCACGUUUGUUCACUAGAGAACAGUGGCUGACAAAGAGCCAAGUUCAGAGCUUUUUCUCCCGGCUAGCAGCAAUGCGGCGAAAAGAUCAGGGUGUGAUCGGGAUAUCACUGGAUGAGGAGGAAGAUAUCCAAUGCGUCCAGGAAAAUUCCGAGAGAUAAGAUCUGGUAAACAAAGUUAACAAAGAGAUCAAAUUCUCACGUCCAAUCUGCUACGAUACGUAGGACCUCUGUAAACGUUACCACAAUAACACACUUCAAAAAUUCAAUGUGGUUUGUUGAGAGCCAUCUGUAGUCAUUUUGAGAUCCCUGUAAAAUUGAGAGACAAAAAACAGAUCCUCAUAGACAAACUGUCGGACGUGAUUAGUGAUUGUCAGUGUGUUUCUCAGUAGACUUAUGUAAACAAUGUCUCAUACGAUGGCUGAAAGUGUAGAAUAUGCUCUACAGAUACAAACUACCUUUACUUCCGAUAUCAAGUUCUGACGGCGUUGUUAUAGUGUAAUAUAUUAUAAUAUCUAGUAGUCAGUGAAAUGUUUUGAUGAAAUCGACUGAAAAUUUACCAAAAGCAACACUUAUCACAUCUGUUCAUACGAAGCAUGUGUCAAGUUUUUAACACGUUGGUAGCCGAUUUCUCCGGCUAUUGACAGGUUGCUGUUCUGUGGACACAACCGACGCGGAACCGAGAGAAGCAAGCUCAGGAUAUUUGAAAUUGAUUUUUUAAUAAUAUGAUAUCAAACUCCAGGUAAAAGCAUUUAUUCUUUUCAUCCAAAAUUUUUCUGCCCAAAUAUUACAUUGGGAUACAAAACAAAACCAUAUGGCACAACGUACGGCACAAGCUAUCAGCGGUCUUCUCUUUUGUGCGGACCUUUGUGAGAACAGUAUAACAUCGAACUGGAUCUAAAUUUAAGCGAUUAUUUCUUCACUUCAGAAGCCUAAAAUCUUCAUUUCUCCCUCAGCUUCCGGACAUGGAGAGUUUAUAUUCUGAUUUUGGAAAAAAUUCAGCUCUGCAGCGAUGUUAAAUGGGUGAUUCACCGCGAAAUGUGGCCAAUUCCGACAUUUGUUUUGACACCACGAAUCACGAUGGAUGCCGCCUACUUUUCGAAGGCAAUACCUAGCUAUUUGUUGAAGUUAUCAUGGAUUUCACCAAUUUGGUUAUUAGAAAAAUUCUGAAGUGAGCCAUGAAGCCGGGCUGCAAAGCGGGUAAGCUGUAUUUAUGACGAAAUCUGCUCCAGUGGUUCGAUUUUGGUGUAGGCGAAAAAAUCGCGAAUGCUCGUACAUGUGCUGAUUCAAACGGUCAUAACUUUUGAAAAAUCGAAAACGUACAGGGGUUUUUGCAUAUUUUUGCCUAUAAAGGUCUAAACUUAACGGCUGUGUAGGAUAGAAUCGUCAAGCAGGUCCCAAAUCCCAAAACUUAGCGUCUAAAUCAAGGUUAUUUACGGCCAUCGGCCGAUGGCGAUUUCUAGUGGUCAGAAUAUGCUAAAAUUCGCUUUUUCAACUAUGUUGAGAGGGCAAAUUCUAACUUUCUUGGCAAACUAGAAAGGUUUUUAAGCAAUCUGAUAUAAAUUCUGUGGCUUAACUAUGCGAAUCAAAUAUUUUACAACGUUACAAAAUAUGCCUAUUUUUCAAUUUUCGAGACGUUGCGACGGUCCCUACGGACUGGGAAAUAAUUAUGGCCCGUAAUGCAGUCAGAAAAUUAUUUCGAAUCAAACCAAAUCUAAUUUAGUUCUUUCCUAGGUAAAGUCUUUCUGUUAACAGAGAUUCAGGCAAAAUUAUUUUUGACACAAAACUGACCUGGUGGAAAUAAGAGAGACAGCCUCUUAAAGUCUAGAAACUGCGUUGAUUAGAAGAGAUUAAAAAUAACUCUCAGGUAUAGACUACCAAGAAG